UUGAACAGUUUCGGCAUUCGUUGAGUUCAAUCACCGAUUGGACGGUUGUCUCAGUUAUUGGACAUCCAUUUCCACAAAGACUUUAAUAUCAAUAGAGAAUUGAAGACUUUGAGUGACUUUCAAAUGUCCUCUAAAUCUUUGAAUGACUUGUUCUGUCUUUUGCCGCCAAAUGAGAUCCAAAUAACACGUAUUCUUGUUCUUCGGCCACAACUCUCUCCAUCUUUGUGGUGAUCGGAGUGCGGGCGCCGCAUGAGCGCCACAUCCGGUGACGCGAUGCGCAAUGGAGUGUCUUCUCCUCCGCGAACAGUCGUCACAAGAAGUUCUUUGAUCUGUUCUUCGGGAAAAGACAAAUACACUUUUGAUUCCGAGCGCGCGAUUCUUCCGAUUCGUUCCGUUGAUUUGCAAACUAUCGAAACGCCCGCCGAAGACCACGAGUCUUCGUCUUCUUCUUCUGUAGUCAAACGCGAUUCCGUCGUUCGCCGUCUUGAUGUGCAUCAUUCGGUGCGCGUGGACGGCCGUUUCCGCAAUCCGUGGACCACGUGGACGCCACCAUCUUUUGCUAAUAUCUUGAAGUUUGGUUUAGCGCGAGAUCGCAGUCGAGUUCCGCCUAAAGAGGACUUGGAUCUGGCCCUUCCAAUGGUCCGCCCCGACUUCCGCGCCCCACCCGCCGACGCUCUGUCACUCACGUGGUUGGGGCAUUCGACUCUUGUCGCGCGUUUUGACGGCAUUUCUCUCAUUUCCGACCCGAUGUUCUCAGACCGCGCAUCGCCAUCGCAAGCCGUUGGUCCGAAGCGAUAUCGCGCGCCGCCGUGUUCUGUACACGACUUGCCGUCCGAUUUGGACGCAGUUGUCAUAUCUCACGCUCAUUACGACCAUUUGGAUAGAAAUUCUGUCACUCUUUUGAACGCACGUUUUGGAUCAGAUCUUCGUUGGUUUGUUCCUCUGGGUUUAGCCGAUUGGAUGAGUGGUGUUGGCGUUGAGAAUGUGGUAGAGUUGGAUUGGUGGGAAGAGAACUGUGUUUCAGACAAAAGCGAUGUUUCGUUUGUCUUCACUCCGACUCAACACUGGAGUCAACGCACGCUUACAGAUGACGGACAUGUUUUGUGGGGAAGUUGGGCCGUUGUUGGUCCGACACAUCGCUUUUUCUUUGCCGGAGACACCGCUUAUUGCGAUGUUUUCCGUCAAAUCGGACGAAUGUACGGACCGUUCACUGCGGCCGCAAUCCCGAUCGGCGCAUACGAACCUCGAUGGUUUAUGAGACAACAACACGUCGAACCGGCCGAAGCGGUUCGCAUUCAUCAGGACAUCGCCAGUCGUUUCUCUUUGGCCAUUCAUUGGGGAACCUUUGCGUUGGCCAAUGAGUACUUCUUAGACCCACCCAUGAAACUGCGCGCCGCUCUUGAGAGCGCACAUCUCGAGGCCAACAGUUUCGCCACUUUUCUUCACGGAGAAACUCGACUCGUGUAUCGCGACGGACGCGUCGAACGAUCGAAAACCAAAGAUUUUAUACUUUAA